AUGUGUUUCAGGCUGGUCAGGAUGAUGAUGAACUCAGAGAAGAUGAAGAAGAAACCUCCGAAGGACAGUUUGACUCUGCUGCCAUGUUUCUACUUCGUGGAGCUGCCCAUUGUGGCUUCUUCUAUGGUGUCUCUGUACUUCCUGGAGCUGACUGACGUGGUGCAGCCGGCUCAAGUAGGUUUCCGCUGCCACGACCGGGAGCUCAGCAUGCCGUACGUGGACGGAGGGGAUGAGCUGAUCCCGCUGCUGAUGCUGCUCAGCCUCGCCUUCGCCGGACCCGCCGCUUCGAUCAUGGUGGUUGAAGGUCUGAUCUACUGCCUGCAGUCCAGACUGAAGCACCGCAGGGCGGAAGGAAGCAUCAACGCCGGAGGCUGCAACUUCAACUCCUUUCUGAGGAGGACGGUCCGCUUCGUAGGUGUGCACGUUUUCGGCCUGUGUGCAACAGCUCUGGUCACUGACAUCAUCCAGCUGUCGACAGGUUACCACGCCCCGUUCUUCCUCACCGUCUGUAAACCCAACUACACUCAGGCUGGAGUGUCAUGUGAUAAAAACCCGUACAUCACAAAGGACAUCUGUUCUGGACAUGACCAGCACGCCAUCAUGGCCGCCAGGAAGACGUUUCCUUCCCAGCAUGCCACUCUGUCAGCCUUCGCUGCCGUUUAUGUUUCUAUGUAUUUUAACUCGACCAUCUCCGACAGCACCAAACUGCUGAAGCCAGUGCUGGUUUUCGCGUUCGCCAUCGCAGCGGCGCUGACAGGUCUGACACAGAUCACUCAGCACCGCAGCCACCCCAUUGACGUCUACGUUGGCUUCCUCAUCGGAGCCUUCAUCGCUGCCUACCUGGCAUUUCAUGCUGUGGCCAACUUCAAGUCCUCUGAUGACAUCACUCCAGCCCCACCUCCACAACCUCCAAAAGAGGACCCUCUUCGAGCGCUGACGGAGCGAGGACAUGAGUCCGUCUACAGCAAGGGCCCCGCCUCCGCCUCGGAGAGUAAUGAUGAGAUAGCGGCUGCUCCAGUCCCCAUGGACCAGCUGGACAGCCUCGGGGCCAUGCAGAGGGAGAAGGCAUCCAUGGGGAGUCUGAAGAGGGCCAGUGUGGAUGUAGAGCUCCUGGCUCCUCGCAGCCCAAUGGGGAAGGAGACCAUGUUGACCUUCAGUAACACCCUGCCAAGGGCUAGCAUGACCAUUAAUGGGGUGCUGGGGGCUAACGAGGGACCAGAGGAUCUGUCUCAAUCAGCUCAACCUGUCCAGCCCGUCCAGCGGCGUCUGAAGGCCGUUCAGGUUCCCAUGGACCCAAUGCGGUCUCAGCAGCUGGUGUCAGAAUGGAAGCAGAAGUCGAUGGAGAUGAGAGGCCUGAGCGUCCGGGAUGAGGCACAGCGUGAAGUGAGUGAGGAUGACUCCGAGGCGGGCUCGGUGGGGACUGACGAUGGGGGUUCACAGGCCCCUAUCUACCAACCCGUGGUGCAGUGUGGGAGGGCAACCUCCAGUCACAACUCUACUCCACCUUCAGGGAGCGCCAAAGCUGUGGCAACUCCUCGACCACCACAGAUCCCUGAAGCAGGACCCCCACCAGUGUCCCCAAAGAGCGCCUUGACCCGGGCCAAGUGGCUCGCUAUCCGCGAGAAGACAAGUGGGGAGGGUUCGGCCCGCAGUGCCGCCAACCAACCACGACUCAUGCAGGUCAUCACCAUGUCAAAGCAGCAGGGCCUCCUCCCCUCCUCUUCAUCCGGGGAGAAGUCAUCUGAGACCACCUCCACCUGCUCCGGCACCUCCUCCACAGCCGACUCACCGCAUUACCGCCCCACCUCUGAGCAGCAGCGGGAGGGGUCAGGUAUCAUCACAGUUGAUGCCCACGCCCCUCACCAUCCUGUGGUCCAAGUCCCGCCUCCGCAGGCCCCGUCCCUUGCAGGUAACGGUAACCCAUGGGAAUGGGCAGGGGCGUCCAAUGGGGGCGACCUGCGAGACAUCUACGACCUCAACAGCAUUAACCGGGGAGAUUCAUCUGUCCGUGGCAGCAGCUUCCGGCCUCACCGAUCUGCCUCACCGUGCUCCACCGUCGACCCCGACCCGGCCCCACCUCAUCCCCAGGUGGAGAUAGCAGCAGACACUAAGCGCAGAGAAAUGGCCAUGAGACGGAAGACAGCACUAGUUCUGUUGGAUCGAGAGAUUCGUAACCAAACUGAACAGGAGAACUAUUAUAAGAGUUUGCAGGGACGAAGGUUCAAGGAUUAGUCUCUUAGCUUUUUAAAACAAAAGCCUUAUUUCAAAACUGGUCACUAACAGCACAGUACCUGGACAGCAGUGAGAACUAUGUUGCUAUGCAUUUCUUGGGCUAAAUGUGAUGGAAGGAAGGAGCUGCAAGAAAUGAAAGUUUCUAUCCACAAAGGUCAGGCCUGCUCAGCGGCUUAACACUCUGGACAGGUGUCUUUCCAUACUGUAGAUAUUCUAUAUACAGAAACAGGAUCUUAACCAUUUUUCUCUGUGUGUCCAGGACUCCAGAA